AUGGAGGGAUUUUUUAAAUUUUUUAGAUCAGAUUCAAGUUCAAAUCAAAGUAGUAGGUCACCAGAAUUUGAAUUAAAUAAUGAUCAAAUUAGGUUUGUAGUUUAUCAAAAUUCAAGUACACUCUUAUUCGAUACACUUCAAGUUGAUUAUUUAAAGAAUAAAGCAAAGGCUACAGGUACAACCAAUGGUACAACUACAAAAGUAAUUUUAAAUUCAAGUGGUAAUCCAACAAUUGUUACAAAACCUUCACCAACUUCUACAAAUAAUUCUAAUUUAAAUGGUAAACCUUCUACACCUUCUCCAAAUCAAACAAGAAGAGAAGAAAAAUCACCUCAUAGUAGUUUGGAUUUAUCUUCUGCACCUUCUUCACCAAAUCAUACUAGUAAUAAUAGUAACAAUAGCAAUAGUAACAAUAACAAUAGUAGCAAUAACAAUAAUAAUAAUAAUAAUAACAACAAUAGUAGCAAUAAUAAUAAUAAUAAUAAUAAUAAUAACAACAACAACAACAACAACAAUAAUAAUAAUCACAGUAACAAUAGCAACAACAAUAAAUCGCAAAUGACUCAGUCAUCAUCAUCAGCAGAUUUAUUAUCACAACAAAAUAAAAAUGUCUCUGAUACAGCUUCAGUAUUAUCAUCUGAUAGUGCAGAUAAUAAUAGUAAUAGCCAAAAUGGCACCAACACCAAUAAUAAUAAUAAUAAUAAUAAUAAUAAUAAUAAUAAUAAUAAUAAUAAUAAUAAUAAUAGUAUAAAUUUGAAUUCAUCAGAUACAGGUAUACCUCAUACGACACCAACAAAAGAUAUGAAUGGAGUUAAUCAUAAUAAUGCAUCGUUAUCAUCAUCAUCAAAUAGAAUAAGAUCAUCAUCAUCACUUGGUGGUAGAAUACCAAGAUCACCAUUAUCACAACCAAAAGUAACAAAAUUAACAGUUGCAAUAUGUGUAAUUUUUGGACCAACUGUUGAACAAUUAAAAUCAAUUCCAACAACAACAACUACUCCAAAUUCAUCAUCAUCACCAUCAUCAUCAUCUUCACCAUCACCAUCACCAUCAUCAGAUAAUAAUAAAAAACCAGGAAACAUUGAAUCCGUUUCAAAUUUCCAUCAAAUUAAAUUUAUUGUAAAAUUAUUAAAAAAUCAAUUAUAUUCAAAAUUUACAAAUUUACCAAAGAAUGGUUCACUAAAUGGAUUUGGAGUUACAGAAAUUAAUCAAUUAUAUGCUGAGGUUGAAAAAUUUAGAGUUUAUAUUAAAGAUUUUUAUACAGCACCAAGAUUGGAAAAACCUUUAUGGUUGGAUACAUUAACAAAUCCAAGUACAAAAAGACAAACAUAUGUAGUUUUAUUAGAAAGUUUAAGAGAAUUAUUACCAAUUUAUAAUUCUCAAAAAUCAAAAUUUUUUUUAUCAAAUUUAAUUUCAACGAUUCUAUCAUAUAAUCAAACAUGGUUAAGUAAUAUAUUAUCAGCAAAUGGAAAUUCACCAUCAUUUAGAUGUACAAAUGAAAAAUGCAAUAACGAUUAUAAUUUUCAAAAUCAAUUUCUUUAUCAAUUAUCUCAAAUUUAUGGAUAUAGUGGUUGUAUUUCACCAGGUUGUAAAAAUAAUAGAGGAAAUUAUAAACUAAGUAAACUAAUAAUAUUAUCUCAAAAGGAUGAUUUAUCAAAGAAAUUAUUGAAUAUAGUUAGUUACUUUUGGAGAACUUUUGAAUUAAUUAUAAAUAAAAACUUUUUAUCAAAUACUCAACAAACUCAUAAACCAUUAUAUAAUGAAAAUGAAUUUUUAAUAAACUUUUUGGAUAAUCAACAAGAUAAUCAACAACAACAACAACAACAACAAUCACCAUCCUCAUCAUCAUCAUCAUCAUCAUCACAUAAUCAUCAACAACAACAACAUCAUCCAUCACAUAUUAAAUCAAAUACAAGUAAAUUAUUAAAUGAUCAUUUUAAUGAAUCAUUAUCAUUAUCAGCGAAAUCACAACAUACAGAUUAUACGAUUGGAACACAAAAUUUAAAGUUACCAAAUUACUUUUUCGAUAUUUCAAGAUCACUAACUGGUACAUGCUCUUCAAAGUAUAUUAGUGAUUUCUCAAUAAUGGCAUUACAAAAAGAUGAUUUCUAUCCAAAAUUAAUUGAAGAUCUUAGAUUAUGGGUUGAUCAUCAUCCUUUCUCUUCUCCAAUUAAAGAAUCAAAUGCUAUCAUUGCUGAUGUUACAAGAUGUAAAGUUGAUAUUAUAAUUUGUAGUAAAGAAAAUCUUUGGCUUUCUUCAAAUCCUCCUGUUCAAAUAAAUAAUGUAUCAUAUCCUGAUAUUAAAGUAUUAAAUGGUGUAUCAUCAGAUUAUAUAUCAUCAGUUUUAUCAUCAAUAGUUUAUUUUUGGACAAUUGGAAUGCCACCAGAAACUUGUAUAAUGUUUUUAGAGGAUAAACUUAGAGAAUUAUUAGGAAAAGCAAUGACAUUGAAUGAAACACUUAAAUUUUAUUCAUCAAUAAAACAACCCAUUCCACCAUCUUUUAAUUUAUUUACAAAUUCAACACCAGCUUCAACAAUUCCAAUCCCUUCUUCAAAUUUAACACCAUUGGCAACUCCUUUAGCCACUCCAAAUCAUUCACCACAAUCUUCAAUGAGAUUCUCAAAUCAAAAAUUACAACCUUUACCAAGAAGUGGCGACUAUUUAAUACUCGAGCAUAUUUUAAAUUAUUUGAAUGAUUGUUCUUUAAUUGAUAAAAAUAAUCAAUUUGAUAAUUUUAAAAUUUGA